AUGGCAGCCCGAGCGCAACCGCCUCCAAGGACGCCUUCGCCGAAGAUCCGCAUCUACCGCUCUCAGUCCUUCGAUUCGCCUUCUUCUAGAGUCUCAGUGACGCCCAUUGACGACUCCCCGUACUCGAAAUCGACUGGCGCGAUUGCGAAGCCGUUGCCUCGCUACGAUGCAGUCCACACAGCUGAGCAAGACGUGCUCGGCCGCAGUAAAGUAAUUCUGCAGACGAAGAUGAGCGACGACUCCCUUAUGUCUGAUGCUUCGAGUGCCUCGUCCUCCGCCGCAAGUUCCCCAACGUCAGGAAGCGCCGAAGGCCCCCGCUUCGGACUCUUCUCCUCAAGCUCACCGAACCUCCCCUUAGCGCCAUCGCCACCUCUCCCCCACGCACAGGCCCGUUCCCGACCGGCAAACAUCAACACUGUGCCGGCCGCUCUACCUCCUCCACCGGAAAUCCUCUCGUCGUCCCUAUCGAUCUACCAGGACACUUCAGUCCCGAUGUACGACCCCUGGCUCGUGCGCGUAGUGCUUGACAUGUACGACGUGCGCGGCUUCGACUGGACCAUGAUCGCCGAGCCGAUUGAGCGGAUUUGGGGAUUCAGGACGAGCAGUGCGGAGGUGUUGGGGAUCUUGAGCGGGAAUGGGAGAGUGGGGAGGCGGUGGUGGGAUUGA